AUGUCUCAUGCGGCCGAGCCUGCUCGGGACGGCGUAGAGGCCAGCGCGGAGGGCCCUCAAGCCGUGUUCGUGCUGUUGGAGGAGCGUAGGCCGGCCGACUCGGCCCAGCUGCUCAGCCUAAACUCUUUGCUUCCGGAAUCCGGAAUUGUUGCUGACAUCGAAUUAGAAAACGUCCUUGAUCCUGACAACUUCUACGAACUCAAAAGUCAGCCCCUACCCCUACGCUCAAGCCUCCCAAUAUCACUACAGGCCACCCCAGCUACACUCUCUGCAUCAUCUUCUGCAGGGGGCUCCAGGACCCCUGCCAUGUCAUCAUCUUCUUCUUCACGGGUCUUGCUGCGGCAGCAGCUAAUGCGAGCCCAAGCCCAAGAGCAGGAGAGGCGUGAGCGCCGGGAACAGGCUGCAGCUGCUCCCUUCCCCAGUCCUGCACCUGCCUCCCCUGCCAUUUCUGUGGUUGGUGUCUCUGCUGGGGGCCAUACAUUGGGCCGUCCACCCCCUGCUCAGGUGCCCAGGGAGGUGCUCAAGGUACAGACUCAUCUGGAAAACCCAACACGCUACCACCUGCAGCAGGCACGCCGGCAACAGGUAAAACAGUACCUGUCUACCACACUUGGGCCCAAGCUGGCUUCCCAGGCCCUCACCCCACCGCCAGGGCCCACUAGUGCCCAGCCACUCCCUGCACCUGAGACUGUUCAUGCCACUGGCCCUGCAGGCAGCGCUCCCAACAGUCCGAUGGCGCUGCUCACCAUUGGGUCCAGCUCAGAGAAGGAGAUUGAUGAUGUCAUUGAUGAGAUCAUCAGCCUGGAGUCCAGUUACAACGAUGAGAUGCUCAGUUAUCUGCCUGGAGGCACUGCAGGGCUGCAGCUCCCCAGUACGCUGCCUGUGUCAGGGAAUCUCCUGGAUGUAUACAGUAGUCAGGGCGUGGCCACACCAGCCAUCACUGUCAGCAACUCUUGCCCAGCUGAGCUGCCCAACAUCAAACGGGAGAUAUCUGAGACAGAGGCAAAGGCCCUUUUGAAAGAACGACAGAAGAAAGACAAUCACAACCUAAUUGAGCGUCGCAGGCGAUUCAACAUUAACGACAGGAUCAAGGAACUGGGCACCCUCAUUCCCAAAUCCAGUGACCCGGAGAUGCGCUGGAACAAGGGCACCAUCCUUAAGGCCUCUGUGGAUUAUAUCCGCAAGUUGCAGAAGGAGCAGCAGCGCUCCAAAGACCUGGAGAGCCGGCAGCGAUCCCUGGAUCAGCUUCUGAGGGACUCUGAAUUCCAUCUUAUUUGUACCCCUUACUUUUUGCAGGAGCUAGAACUGCAGGCCCAAAUCCAUGGUCUGCCAGUACCUCCCACUCCAGGGCUGCUCUCCCUGGCCACAACUUCGGCCCCAGAUAGCCUCAAACCAGAGCAGCUGGACGUUGAAGAGGAGAGCAGGCCAGGCACAUUUCAUGUGGGGGGGGCACCUGCCCCGAAUGCUCCCCAUCAGCAGCCCCCAGCACCACCCUCAGAUGCCCUUCUGGACCUGCACUUUCCCAGUGACCACCUGGGAGACCUGGGAGACCCCUUCCACCUGGGGCUGGAGGACAUUCUGAUGGAGGAGGAGGAGAGUGUGGUGAGGGGGCUGUCAGGGGGCACCCUGUCCCCACUGCGGGCUGCCUCUGACCCCCUGCUUUCUUCAGUGUCCCCUGCUGUCUCCAAGGCCAGCAGCCGCCGAAGCAGCUUCAGCAUGGAGGAAGAAUCCUGA